AUGUCCCGCCUGCUGCACGCAGAGGAGUGGGCUGAAGUGAAGGAGUUGGGGGACCACCAUCGCCAUCCCCAGCCGCACCACCUGCCGCAGCCGCCGCUGCCGCAGCCACCUGCGACCCUGCAGGCAAGAGAGCAUCCCGUGUACCCGGCCGAGCUGUCCCUCCUGGACAGCACCGACCCACGUGCCUGGCUGGCUCCUACUUUGCAGGGCAUCUGUACGGCACGCGCCGCCCAGUACUUGCUGCAUUCCCCGGAGCUGGGUGCUUCCGAGGCUGCGGCGCCCCGGGAGGAGGCGGACAGCCGGGGGGAGCUCGUGAGGAGGAGCGGCGGCGGCGGCGGCGGCGGCAGCAGCAAGAGUCCCGGGCCAGUGAAAGUGCGAGAACAGCUGUGCAAGCUGAAAGGCGGGGUGGUGGUAGACGAUCUGAGCUGCAGCCGCCAGCGCGCCCCUUCCAGCAAACAGGUGAAUGGGGUGCAGAAGCAAAGGCGGCUGGCGGCCAACGCCAGGGAGCGACGCAGGAUGCACGGGCUGAACCACGCCUUCGACCAGCUGCGCAAUGUUAUCCCGUCCUUCAACAACGACAAGAAGCUGUCCAAGUAUGAGACCCUGCAGAUGGCCCAGAUCUACAUCAACGCCUUGUCCGAGCUGCUACAAACACCCAGCGGCGGGGAGCAGCCACCGCCGCCGCCAGCGUCUUGCAAGAGCGACCAUCACCAUCUUCGCGCCGCCGCCCCCUACGAGGGCGGCGCGGGCACCGCGACCGCUGCGGGGGCCCAGCCCGCCUCGGGAGGGGGCCCCCGGCCGACGGCACCCGGAAACUGCCGGACUCGCUUUUCUGCCCCGGCCUCCGCGGGAGGAUAUUCGGUGCAGCUGGACGCUCUGCACUUCUCGACUUUCGAGGACAGCGCCCUGACGGCGAUGAUGGCGCAAAAGAACCUGUCGCCUUCGCUGCCCGGGGGCAUCCUGCAGCCAGUGCAGGAGGAAACUAGCAAAACUUCGCCCCGGUCCCACAGAAGCGACGGGGAGUUUUCCCCCCAUUCCCAUUACAGUGACUCAGAUGAGGCAAGUUAG